AUGGGUGCAAUGGAGUUGAGCAAUAAUGGCAAGUUAGGGUUUGUAUUCAUAGGUUCUGUUUUGUAUACUUUUUCAGUGUUGUGUAAUCUAGCUUUGCUUUUGGUCAUAGCUGUUAACAAAAUGUAUAGGUUUCAAGGUAGUCCACGCCUGCUUCAGCAGAUGAUGGGGAUGCUAUUUGCAGUGGUUUCUCCGAGCCUCAAUCCACUGAUAUAUGGGAUUAAAAGUAAAGAGAUUAAAGUAAAACUGAAACAACUCUUCUUUCAGUUACCUGGUACAGGUGGCCUGAAAGUUCAAGUAAACACUGUCUCAAUGUAA